UCGGAGAUAGUUAAUCAACUUCCAAAUAUGCCAUAUAUUCCAAUUCACUGUUUCUCAGGCUACAAAUACAGGCACGUCGACUUAUCAGAGUUAGUGCCGAGCCUGAAGUCAAGCUGGAAACGAGUGUGUCAGAUAGUAAGAGCAAACUAGUGCGCAAUUCCACACAGAAAUUUCGUCGCGCGGAUAAGAAAAGUUAAAGACAGUUAAGGUGCGUCCUGUGCUUCACGAAGAAUGGGAAAAGAAACAUAGAUAAAAGGGUCCUCUGCAUCAUUAUCAGUGACUCAACGUUCACUCGUAAAAUGUAUGGCAACUCCCGGAUCACUUCGUAGGGAAUUAUCAGCAAAGAUUACGUCGUUAGUGAUAGCGUAGACCAGCAGCCUUAUCACUACCAUCCCCCUCAAUAUCUCAAGACAAGCACUAUCUUCUCUCGACGUCUGUUAGUUACCGAGAGAGCCAGUGACAGAUAAGUGUCAAAACAGACCAUUAGGAGAGUCAAAAUAGACCGUUUCGCAAGCAUGGCACUGAAGGACAUGUUUAUAACGUGUCUCGUUUUGGCCAUUGGAUUCUCUUUAAGCGUCGGUGCCGCGGAUAAGAUGAAAGGCAAAAGGAAAAUUCAUAGGGAUGUUUCCCGACCUCCGAACGUCAUCAUUUUGUAUGCUGAUGACCUCGGGUUCGGUGACCUCAGCUUCUCAGGUCAUCCAACUUCCAGAACGCCUCACAUCGAUCAGCUGGCAGCAAAUGGGAGGUUCUUUAACCAAUUCUACGUUACAAGUCCUGUCUGCAGUCCUUCUAGAGCGGCCCUCCUGACCGGGCGUCUUCAGGUGAGGAGCGGCGUCUACCCCGGCGUCUUCACCCCCGACAACACCUUAGGCCUCCCGCUCAACGAGACCACGAUAGCACAGCUUCUGCAGGGUCAGGGUUACCGCACCAUGAUCAUCGGCAAGUGGCACCUGGGCGUGGGUGCCAAGGGCGAGUACCUCCCGACGCACUUUGGCUUCGAGGAAUACUACGGCGUGCCUUACUCCCACGACAUGUGCCCCUGCCGCGUCUGCUUUCCUGACGGAGGGAGUUGCUACGACGACUGCUGGAAACAGGACGUGUCUUGCCCGCUGUUCAGCAACACAACCAUCUUGGAACAACCGGUGUCUCUUCCCACGCUCUCGAGUCGCUACUUGAACCGAGCUCUUGGCUUCAUCUCCGACGCUCAUCACAAGAACCAGUCCUUCUUCCUCUACUUCCCGACUCAUCAGAUCCACCACCCACAAUUCGCGUCCAAGAAAUUCCACGGGAAGAGCGAGCGCGGGAGAACAGGAGACGCCCUGCUGGAGUUGGACUGGAUGGUCGGCGAGAUCACGCUGCUGCUGAGGAAGCUUCGGGUCGAUUCGUCGACGAUUCUCUGGUUCGCUUCGGAUAACGGACCGAGCCUGACCCGCCACGAGCGAGGGGGUUGCGCGGGGCCCUUGCGCUGUGGGAAAGGGACGACGUGGGAGGGCGGCGUCAGGGUUCCGUCCUUCGUCUCCUGGCCAGGGAAGGUCAGGCCAGGUCGGACGAAUGGGCUGGUGUCAGCUCUCGACAUUCUGCCAACCCUGGCCGCUCUGACCAACGCUGACACUUCCAACCUGACUCUGGAUGGCGUGGAUGUGUCCUCUCUCCUCUGGGCACCGGAUAAUAAGAGCCCAAGGGAGAUGUUCCCAGUGUACUCCGAGGCGCCGGCGAGGGCCACUGAUCCCUUCGCUGUCACGGACGGCAAGUUCAAGGCCCACUUCUACACCAAGGGAUCAGAUCUGUCUGACGCCAGCAAUUACGACCCGAUGUGUCCUCAGCGCCACCCUCUCACGCGCCAUGACCCGCCUCUGCUCUUCGACAUCCAGCAGGACCCCGGGGAGCGUUACAACCUCGCGAACGACACCCUUUACCAGCCGGUACUACAAGCCUUAACAAAAUGGAGAGACGAACACAUCGCCAACGUGACGUGGAUGCCUCCUCGCACUCGCGCCCUCGACGCCCGCGCCCAGCCUUGUUGCACGACGGCCUCCUGCAACCCCUUCCCCGGGUGCUGUGACUGCCCGAGCGCCCCUCUCAACCCCCCAGAGAAGCUCAAGUCUCAAAACCUACAAAGAAGAAACGCGUUCAUCAACCAGCCAAUUAGAUAUAUUUGGAUGGUCACUUCUCUCCCUCUUCAUCUUUUUGUCGUGCAUUGCUACGCUGUUUUGCAGUGUACUGGGAUGAGCUGAGGUACCCACUUACCCAUGUUAAUCUCCUUCCUAAUGAUAAGCAAGUGUUUGCCAAUUGAAUAUAGACUCUCACUUGGAUAACUGACCUAGCAUGGCGUGUCACGUCAACCAUGCACUCUCGAAAAUGAUUCAGCGCAAGGUUAAAUAUUUCACACUGGGUUUAAAAAUAUUCUAACUAAUGUCCGCCGAAGUUCAAGUUGUGAACGAAUAAGACGUUUAUGUGAAUGACGCUUUAAAAUGGCAACUGCAAAUAAAUAAUUGCAUUCCUUA